UCGAGUCCGGGGGGAGGCCCCUGGUAGUUCGUUCUUGCUUUCCUAGGCGCCGCCUCUUCCGGUGGGAAACUCAUGGUCUCUUCUCACCCUCCUCUCUCGGGUGACCCCCCAACUGUAAAGUAGCACGUGGAGGAAGGAGGCCUGUCAGGUCAGGGCCGUGGUGGUGGUGGUGGUGGGGGAGGUAGCUCAUCGCAUGCCCCGUGCUGGAUGGGACCCCUUCUCGGAAGAAAGCCACUAUCGCUAAAUUGAACCUCAAGGUUCGAAAAGCAGUAUAUCUUAAGGUAACAGCGAACGCAAAAACUUGAGGCCAAAGAGCUGAAGGAUCCAAAAUACUCAAAGCCUUAUGAAGGAGCUACGUGGGAAUAAAAAUGGGGGCCACCCCCGAAAGGUUUCCUCCUCUGGUAAGGACAGUAGCACCCCUCCAGGACAGACAUCAGAAGAGAGUGGGCAGAUCAACAUCCUAAACUCUAAACUGUUGGCUCAAAAGCGACCUCUACACAAUUUGAACAGUACAGGAGGCAACACUGCAGGAAGCGCUGAUGAUGCUAAAAGGCCAAAAUUGUUACCUGAAGUGAUUUCUCCUGGCCAAGAAUCUGAAGACGAGGAGUCAGAUGAUGGUGAUUAUGAGAGAAGAGAGAGUGAUAAUGAUGACAGUGAUGAUACAAGCAGUGAGGAGGAAGAUGAUGAAACUGGUAGUGACGCCUCAGAAAGUAGCAAUGAAGACCAUGAGAAAACAAGCCGGCCUUCUUCAAGGUCUGAUUUAACAAAAGAGUUGUCUUCAGUGCCUUUUGAGGAGAUCUUGCAGUUGAGAAACCAAGUUGGAACCAAGGCGUAUCAUCAGAUGGCUACUGGGAAGAGAUCGUCAAAUGUAAAAAUACCAGAGAAGAGACAGUGUCCAAGCAAACAUAGGCCUUUGGAAAUUUCAGCCAAGAUGCCAGUCUCCUUUCUGCGACAAGUAGUCCCGGUUAAAAAGAAGGUGCCUCGAGACCCACGCUUCGAUGACCUAUCUGGGGAAUAUAAGCCAGAAGUGUUUGAGAAGACCUAUGGUUUCUUGAAUGACAUCAGGAAGAAAGAGAAAGAGAUAGUUCAGAAGCAACUGAAGAAAAGUCGAAAUACAGACCAGAAAAAUAAGUUGGAACAGCUUCUUAAGCGAAUGACACAGCAGGAGGAUGCACAGAGGAAAUGCGAGAAAGAGAGAGAAAAGGACCUUGCCUUCAAGAGGCAGCAACGGGAAUUGGCCAAGCAAGGAAAGAAGCCCUUCUACUUAAAGAAAUCUGAUAAGCAAAAAUGGGAACUGGCUGAGAAGUACAAAGAGCUGAAGAAGAGUGGGAAGCUGGAGAGCUUUUUGAGCAAGAAGAGGAAAAGGAAUGCAGCGAAGGACAAAAAGAAGCUCCCUUUUAGAAAGAAUGUGUAAUCGCCGGCUGUAAGAAAAAUUCUCUGGCUAUGGCAGUUGUACAAGUAACAGUGUGGUGGCUGCAAGUCUGUUGCUCCUAGCAAACUGGCAUCUAGUGGUCCAGGUUCCUGUGCUGCCAGACAAGGAGGCUUCCGGUCCAUUUAAUAGAUACAAGUCUGAGCAGGAUUAUGUUGUGAAGUUCCCAGCCUCACAAAACUCUGGAGCUUUCUGAGGGCUAAGUUCCACUUAGCAUUGUUUGGGGAUUGCUUUACUCAUCCAAUUUCUCAGAGCACAGAAAAGUCCUUUUGCUGUGACUGUAUCAGCUCCUGACGACUGCAAGCAGUUUCUUAAAAACAAGGAAACAGCCUGCAAUCCAGUUAGGAUACAAAGAUUCUACCUACAGAGUUUCAUUAUGUGACCGUUUUCAUCUGGUGUCGUUAGAUAAUAUGUUUUGCAGCAACAUUUUACUGAAUGUAAAAAGUAAAAUUAUUAUUUUAAAUAAAACCAAACUUCUUUCA